AAAAGAAAAUUGAAAAUGAGCAAUCAAUUAAGCCUCAGAAAUCCAUCUUCUUGGCUUGUCUUGGGCUGCAUUACUUUGCUACAAGCAAUAAAUGGUGCUCGUUAUUCAAUUUUCUCUGAAUGUUCUACAACAACAAUAUCAGAAAAACAACACUGCCAUUUCUCCUAUAUGCAGUUAAACAAUUUAAUGGUUUCUUCAGAAAUCGGGAAGCUAUUCGGGGUCUUAUCAGGCAUUGCAGCCGAUUAUCUUCCUGCUUCGAUCAUCUUAAUCGUUGGCCUAAUCUUCGGAUUAGUAGGUUAUGGUGUGCAAUAUCUCUACAUUGCACAUAAAAUCUCUAGCUUGUCUUAUUCCCAAAUUUUACUACUAAAUGCUCUUGCAGGGCAUAGCACAUGUUGGGUUGGUACAUAUUGUUAUGUAUUAGCCAUGAGAAACUUUAAUGCUUCUCAUGGUACUAUGAUUGCAAUAACUUCAAGCUAUUCUGCAUUUAGUGGAAAAAUAUGCAGUAUUUUAGUUGACAGUAUUCAAGGGAAGGAAGCUUCUCAAACUUCACUUACUUCUCUUUUCUUCAUGUGGCUUGCUCCUACCGCAAUUGGAUUAACAGUAGCAACUAUUGAUUUCGGUUUGAAGUACACACAAUAUGAAGGAAAUAAAGAAAUGUCUGCAAUUUCUUUUCUAUUAGCUAUUUCAAGUGGGGUAUAUAUAGUAAUUGAAAGUGUUAUACCAAAGUUCACACACAUUUAUCCGCGAUUUCGAGCAGUUGUUUUACUAUUUGUUUUGAUGUUACCAUUUGUUAUAGCACUAAUUGUUACUUUGCACCCAAUAAAGAAAUCCAGUCCUCAAGUAAUGCCAGAGAUGUCUAAUGAUUAUUUUGAAUCAACAACCAAAAAGUUAGCUGUUAGAGAAAGAGAGAUUGAAGAGAAAGUGAAUGAGGUGUUAAUGGAAAGAAAUGAUUGUGGAUGGAAAGACUUACUUAUAAAUACCAAUUUCUGGUUAUUUUAUUUGGUGAAUUCAUUUGGGGCUGUACUUGCUAUAGUUUAUAUGAUCAACCUUAGACGAAUCUCGGAAUCUUUCAGCAGCAAUCAAACAUUAUUCCUAUUGGAAGUAUCGUCUACAUUCGGGUUUUUUGGAAGAAUCUUCACAGUUUUGUUCGAGUGGCAUACAAGGAAAAGCUCAAUCAUAUCCUAUCCAACAUUGACAGUACUGCUAAUGCUUCCAAUGCCGAUCGCGAUUUUUCUGCUCCUGAGUAACAGCAUCAGAUGUUUUUAUAUUAGUACAGUAGUUAUAGGAACCUGUUCAGGAGCCUUAAGUGCAAUAACGUCAUCAACAAUGUACGGGCUUUUUGGUGACAAAAAUUUUGUAGCUAAACAAACCAUUUUCCUUACAAGUAUUCCUUUAGGCCUUCUUCUUUUUGGAUUCUUGGCUUCUCUUAACUAUCAAAGGGAAGGUAAAGAAAACCAUGGAAGUUGCUUUGGGAUGCUAUGCUAUAGCAGAAUCUUCAUCAUCUGGGGAUUUAUCUCGAUUAUCGGAAUAUUGUUGAGCUUCAUUUUACACCUUCGUGUUCAUAACUUGUAUUUGCAUAGAUCAUUAUUAAGAAUAUGAUUCAAUUGUAGAAGAGGAUUAUUCUUGUAGAUGUUAGUUACAGGAAUUUAAUUGAAAGAUUGUUAAAUAUAUGUUCAUAAAUUUUGUUGUAUGUAUUACAACUGUUAGCCGCAUGAAUAAAUACAAUUUUUUGGAAA